AUGCUGCAGGCUUAUAGUUAUAAACUUGUUCAUCGUAAGUCUGAGCUCAACACUGUGGCUGAUGCUCUCUCCCGCCUUCCUGUCAAAGCUGGAGUUAACGAUUCUUGUGUUCAUGUGAUUUACCCUGAUUUACCCUUGUCUGCUGAUUGUGUUAGUGUAGCUACUGCUUCGGACCCUUUAUUGUCCAAAGUUUGUGAGCUUACUGUGGCUGGUUGGCCAUCAUAUAAUAAGUUUUCAGACAACCCUGUUUUAGAGAAAUUUUUUAAAGUAAGAGAUUCACUUAGUAUUCAUAACAAAUGUUUAAUGUUUGCACUUAGAGUUGUCAUACCUCUGUCUUUACAGUCUAAAGUUUUGAGUUUGCUCCACCAAGGUCAUCCAGGAGUUGUUCGUACUAAACUGUUAGCAAGGUCCCUGGUAUGGUGGCCCUCUUUAAAUUCUGACAUUGAGGUGCUUUGUGAUUCUUGUAAUGUGUGUGCUAAGGUGAAUUUUAAACCUAAGGAGAAUUUUGUUCCAUGGCCGGCAGCAAAAUUUCCCUUCCAACGGGUUCAUAUUGAUUUUUUCUUUUUAAAAGUAAAGAGGGUUGAAUGUCUGAUUUUUGUUGAUGCCUACUCUAAGUGGCUACAUAUUCAAGUAGUUCCCAAUCUCAGAGCAGAGACUAUCAUCAAUGUCAUGUUUUCUAUUUUUGCUAUGUUUGCAACCUUGCCUGAAAUUCUUGUGUCAGACAACGGAGCUCCUUUCGACUCAGCAGAGUUCUUAGAGUUUUGUACCUCUCUGUCUAUCACUUCCAAAAGAAUCCCUCCGUAUCAUCCGGAAUCCAAUGGUUUGGCUGAGAGGUCUGUUGGAGUUGCUAAGUCUGCAUUAGCUAAGUUAUUUCCAGAGAAUGCGGGUACUGACGAACCCCUGGAACUAACCAUAAGCAAAUUCCUUUUUGAUUAUAGGAAUAUUCCUUCAACAGUCACUCAUAAAUCGCCUAAUGAAAUGUUGCUUUCAUUUAAAACAAGGACCCCUCUUACUGUCAUUAAUCCAAGUAUUAGACCUGAUUCCAGAUUGUCCUCCUCUCUCGCAGCUUUUAGAGAAGGAGAUCCUGUUAUUGUAAAACUAUCUAAACGUCACCCAGUUCUUAAUGGAGUAAUCGUACGUGCCUUGGGCCCCACGCACUACCAUGUUUCCAUUUCUGGUGUAAUCAAAAAAGGACAUUAUCUAGAUCAUGUUCCCCUUGAUGCAUCAUGUUUCCCCCCUGUGAAUCCUGCCCUUCACUACAACAGUGGUUGA